GGGGCCGGGGCGGCGCCGGGAGGGGCGCGCUCGGCGGCGGGGCCGCCGGCCCAGCAGGUGACCGCGGGCGGCGCGGCGGGGAGACGGCCCGCGCGGAGUCGGGGCGAAGUUUGCCGGAACAUGGCGGAAGGGCCCGGGGCGCGCAGGAGCGCGCGGUGGCGGCCGGCGCCCGAGGAGCUGUAGCCGCCGCCGCUGCCGCUGCCGCCGCGGCCGCGGGGCGAGGUCGCCGCCAUGGCCCGCUGGAUCCCGACCAAGAGGCAGAAGUACGGGGUUGCCAUCUAUAACUACAACGCUUCUCAAGAUGUGGAGCUCUCGCUGCAGAUCGGCGACACCGUUCACAUCCUGGAGAUGUAUGAGGGUUGGUACCGAGGCUACACCCUCCAGAAUAAAUCUAAAAAGGGUAUUUUUCCUGAAACCUACAUCCAUCUGAAAGAGGCAACUGUGGAAGACCGAGGACAGCAUGAGACUGUGAUUCCAGGGGAGCUCCCGCUGGUGCAGGAGCUCACGUGCACUCUGCGAGAAUGGGCUGUUAUUUGGCGCAGUCUCUAUGUGAACAACAAGGUCACACUCUUCCGCCAGCUGCAGCAGAUGACCUACAGCCUGAUUGAGUGGCGCUCCCAGAUCCUGUCUGGGACCCUCCCCAAGGACGAACUGGCAGAGCUCAAGAAGAAGGUCACAGCCAAAAUCGACCAUGGGAACAGAAUGCUUGGGUUAGAUCUGGUAGUGCGCGAUGACAACGGAAACAUCUUGGACCCAGACGAAACCAGUACCAUUGCCCUCUUCAGGGCCCACGAAGUGGCCUCAAAAAGGAUCGAGGAAAAGAUCCAGGAAGAAAAGUCCAUUCUGCAGAACCUGGACUUGCGGGGCCAGGCCAUCUUCAGUACUGUCCACACUUACGGCCUCUAUGUGAACUUCAAGAACUUCGUCUGCAACAUCGGGGAGGACGCAGAGUUGUUCAUGGCCCUCUAUGACCCAGACCAGUCCACUUUCAUCAGUGAGAACUAUUUAAUUCGCUGGGGCAGUAGUGGGAUGCCCAAGGAAAUUGAGAAGCUCAAUAACCUUCAAGCAGUGUUUACUGAUCUCAGCAGCACAGACCUGAUCCGGCCUCGCAUCAGCCUCGUGUGCCAGAUUGUCCGGGUGGGCCACAUGGAGCUGAAGGAGGGCAAGAAGCACACAUGCGGACUCCGGAGACCUUUUGGAGUGGCAGUGAUGGAUAUUACUGAUAUCAUACAUGGGAAAGUGGACGAUGAGGAGAAGCAGCAUUUCAUUCCCUUUCAGCAAAUUGCAAUGGAGACCUAUAUUCGGCAGAGGCAGCUCAUCAUGUCACCCUUGAUGCCAUCGCAUGUGACUGGGGAGAAUGAGCCACUCACUUCGGUCCUGAAUAAAGUGAUAGCAGCAAAGGAAGUGAAUCACAAAGGACAAGGACUUUGGGUGUCCUUGAAGCUAUUGCCAGGUGACCUUACGCAAGUUCAGAAGAAUUUUUCACACUUGGUCGACAGAUCAACAGCGAUAGCCAGAAAAAUGGGCUUUCCUGAAAUAAUCCUUCCCGGCGAUGUUCGGAAUGACAUCUAUGUCACCCUGAUCCAUGGGGAGUUUGACAAAGGGAAAAAGAAGACCCCCAAGAACGUGGAGGUGACCAUGUCUGUGUUUGAUGAGGAGGGCAACCUGUUGGAGAAAGCAAUUCAUCCUGGUGCUGGAUAUGAAGGCAUCUCAGAAUACAAAUCAGUAGUCUACUACCAAGUCAAGCAACCCUGUUGGUACGAGACCGUCAAGGUGUUCAUUGCCAUAGAGGAGGUCACACGCUGCCAUAUAAGAUUUACCUUUCGACACAGGUCAUCUCAGGAAUCCAGAGAUAAAUCAGAGCGUGCUUUUGGGGUGUCCUUUGUGAAACUGAUGAACCCGGACGGCACCACCCUGCAGGACGGGAGGCACGAUCUGGUGGUGUACAAGGGUGACAACAAGAAAAUGGAAGAUGCUAAAUUCUACCUGACCCUGCCUGGGACCAAGGUGGAGAUGGAAGAGAAGGAGCUCCAAGCAUCCAAAAACCUGGCCACCUUUACCCCCAGCAAGGAGAGCACGAAGGACAGUUUUCAGAUUGCCACUCUGAUUUGCUCCACAAAACUCACCCAGAACGUUGACCUGUUAGGCUUGUUGAAUUGGCGUUCUAACUCUCAGAACAUUAAGCACAACCUGAAGAAGUUAAUGGAGGUGGAUGGAGGAGAGAUUGUUAAGUUUUUGCAAGAUACACUGGAUGCACUUUUUAACAUAAUGAUGGAAAUGUCAGACAAUGAAACCUACGACUUCCUCGUGUUCGAUGCGCUGGUGUUUAUUAUUUCGCUGAUAGGAGACAUCAAGUUCCAGCAUUUCAAUCCUGUACUUGAAACCUACAUUUACAAGCACUUCAGUGCCACUCUGGCAUACGUGAAACUCUCCAAGGUACUGAACUUCUAUGUGGCUAAUGCCGAUGACUCCAGCAAGACCGAACUGCUUUUCGCUGCUCUGAAAGCCUUGAAGUACUUGUUCAGGUUCAUCAUCCAGUCUCGCGUGCUCUACCUGAGAUUUUAUGGUCAGAGCGAAGAUGGAGAUGAAUUUAAUAACUCAAUCCGACAGUUAUUUCUCUCUUUCAAUAUGCUCAUGGACAGGCCUCUGGAGGAAGCUGUCAAGAUCAAGGGGGCUGCUUUGAAGUACCUCCCGAGCAUAAUCAAUGAUGUCAAACUUGUGUUUGAUCCCACUGAGCUCAGCGUGCUCUUCUGCAAGUUCAUCCAGAGCAUUCCUGACAACCAGUUAGUUCGCCAGAAGCUUACCUGCAUGACCAAGAUGGUCGAGAGCGGUCUCUUCCAGCAGUCGGAGUGCAGAGACGUGCUGCUGCCGCUGCUGACCGACCAACUCAGCGGCCAGUUGGAUGAUCACUCGAGCAAGCCUGACCACGAGGCCAGCUCGCAGCUUCUGAGCAGCAUCCUGGAGGUGCUGGACAGGAAGGACGUGGGCCCCACGGCAAUGCACAUACAGCUGAUCAUGGAGCGGCUGCUGAGAAGGAUCAACCGGACGGUGAUCGGGAUGAGCCGACAGUCUCCCCACAUCGGCAGCUUCGUGGCUUGCAUGAUCGCCAUCCUGCGGCAAAUGGACGACACCCACUAUAACCACUACAUCAGCACUUUCAAAACCAGGCAGGACAUCAUUGACUUCCUCAUGGAAACUUUUAUCAUGUUCAAGGAUCUGAUUGGAAAGAACGUCUAUGCCAAAGAUUGGAUGGUCAUGAACAUGACGCAGAGCAGGGUUUUUCUCCGUGCUAUCAAUCAGUUUACUGAAGUUCUUACAAGACUCUUCAUGGAUCAGGCAAGCUUUGAACUUCAGCUCUGGAACAACUACUUCCAUUUGGCAGUAGCAUUUCUCACCCAUGAAUCCCUUCAGCUGGAAACCUUCUCACAAGCCAAGCGCAACAAAAUUGUAAAAAAAUAUGGGGACAUGAGAAAGGAAAUCGGCUUUAGAAUCCGGGACAUGUGGUAUAACCUGGGUCCCCACAAAAUCAAAUUCAUCCCAUCUAUGGUGGGUCCCAUUCUGGAAGUCACUCUGACCCCUGAAGUGGAGCUGCGAAAAGCCACAAUCCCCAUUUUCUUUGAUAUGAUGCAGUGUGAGUUCAAUUUCAGUGGAAAUGGCAAUUUCCAUAUGUUUGAGAAUGAGUUGAUCACAAAGCUGGACCAAGAGGUAGAAGGCGGCCGAGGAGAUGAGCAAUACAAGGUUCUUCUGGAAAAACUGCUCCUAGAACAUUGCCGGAAACACAAGUACCUCUCCAGCUCUGGCGAGGUCUUCGCGCUCCUGGUCAGCAGCCUCCUGGAGAACCUGUUGGACUACAGAACCAUCAUCAUGCACGACGAGAGCAAGGAGAACCGCAUGAGCUGCACCGUCAAUGUCCUGAAUUUUUAUAAAGAAAAGAAGAGAGAGGAUAUAUACAUAAGAUACCUGUACAAGCUCCGCGAUCUGCACCGAGACUGCGAGAACUACACGGAAGCCGCCUACACCCUGCUCUUACACGCCGAGCUUCUGCAGUGGUCCGACAAGCCCUGCGUGCCCCAUUUGCUUCAGAGGGACAGCUACUAUGUUUACACCCAGCAAGAGCUGAAAGAGAAACUGUACCAGGAAAUCAUAUCCUAUUUUGACAAAGGCAAGAUGUGGGAGAAGGCCAUCAAACUGAGCAAAGAACUGGCCGAGACCUACGAGAGCAAAGUGUUCGACUACGAGGGCCUCGGCAGCCUCCUGAAAAAAAGGGCCUCGUUUUAUGAGAACAUCAUUAAGGCCAUGAGGCCCCAGCCAGAGUACUUCGCCGUGGGCUACUACGGACAGGGCUUCCCGUCUUUCCUGCGGAAUAAAAUCUUCAUCUACCGGGGGAAGGAGUAUGAGAGGCGGGAAGACUUCAGCCUGAGGCUGCUGACCCAGUUCCCCAAUGCUGAGAAGAUGACCAGUACCACACCCCCUGGAGAAGACAUCAAGAUGUCCCCGAAGCAGUACAUGCAGUGCUUCACCGUGAAGCCCGUGAUGAGCCUGCCACCCAGCUACAAGGACAAGCCCGUUCCAGAGCAGAUCUUAAACUACUACAGGGCCAAUGAAGUGCAGCAGUUCCGAUAUUCUCGGCCGUUCCGGAAAGGAGAAAAGGAUCCAGACAACGAAUUUGCUACCAUGUGGAUCGAGCGGACCACUUACACUACCGCCUAUACCUUCCCCGGGAUCCUCAAGUGGUUUGAAGUCAAGCAGAUCUCCACAGAGGAAAUCAGCCCUUUGGAGAAUGCCAUCGAAACCAUGGAACUGACCAAUGAGAAAAUCAGCAACUGUGUGCAGCAGCAUGCCUGGGACCGGUCCCUCUCUGUGCACCCACUCUCCAUGCUGCUCAACGGCAUCGUGGACCCAGCUGUCAUGGGGGGAUUCUCCAACUACGAGAAGGCUUUUUUUACAGAAAAGUACUUACAGGAGCAUCCUGAAGACCAGGAGAAGGUAGAGCUGCUGAAGCGACUAAUAGCUUUACAGAUGCCUCUGCUCACAGAAGGGAUCCGCAUCCAUGGGGAGAAGUUGACGGAGCAGCUCAAGCCCCUGCAUGACCGGUUGUCCUCCUGCUUCCGGGAACUCAAGGAGAAAGUGGAAAAGCUCUACGGGGUUAUAACACUGCCACCCAACUUGACGGAGAGGAAGCAGAGCCGGACGGGAUCCCUCGUGCUGCCCUACAUCAUGUCCUCUACCCUGCGGAGGCUCUCCGUGACCUCGGUGACCUCCUCAGUGGUCUCCACUUCUUCCAACUCCUCUGAUAAUGCGCCUUCCAGGCCAGGAUCUGAUGGGUCGAUCCUGGAGCCACUCUUCGAGCGCAGGGCCUCAUCAGGUGCCAGAGUGGAAGAUCUGCCCCUCAGAGAGGACGGCGAGAACCGGAUCAGCAAGUUCAAGAGAAAAGAGUGGAGUCUGAGCAAGUCCCAAGUCAUUGCAGAGAAAGAUCCAGAACCUGAUCUGAUGAGCCCAGCCAGAAAAGUGCAAAGGCCAAAGAGUCUCCAACUGGUGGACAGUCGGUUAACGCCAUUCCAUGCCUCCUCACCUCCUCAGUCAACGCCUCUGAGCCCGCCGCCUCUCACUCCUAAGGCUACCAGGACCCUCAGCUCCCCGUCUUUGCAGACAGAUGGACUGGUGGCUGCUGUUCCACCUCCCCCUCCCCCCAAAAGCAAGCCCUACGAGAGCAGCCAGAGGACCUCCACUGAGAUCGCACCCCCACUGCCUGUCCGAAGAGAAGCCAAAGCCCCACCCCCACCGCCUCCCAAAGCUCGGAAGUCUGGCAUCCUUUCUUCUGAGCCUGGAUCCCAGUGAGGACCUUGCCCCGACUUUGCAACUCUGUGUGCCUUGGACAGUGGCUGCCUGAGAACUGGCCUUCAGGAGUGGGUGCUUUGUCACCAGGGGCUCCCUGCGCUGCGUUCCUGAUCAGAGACCAUGUUCUCCAGCCCCAGACUGGCUUUGUUCUCUCAAAAGCAUCUCUUUGAUAGAUGUUUGGGGCUGUGCCACAUCCUCUCCAGCCCACAGGGAAUUCCGGAACUGGCCACGCCCCCUGCACUUCUCAAGGAGAGCGCUCCUCCUCCGUGAUCACAUUUCAGCCUCUACUGCAGAGACCCUGGGGUCUGCAGAAGCCUGGACCAGUUCUGCAGCCUCAGUACCUGUGCUCUGGAGCGUUUCUUACUUGGCUUCUGAAAAGCUGCGUUUGAGACUUGGUGGUUUCUUUCGCCCGUGCAUACCCAUCCCAUCCAGCAUCUAGGAAGAGACAGAUGUCAAGUACCCUCUAGCAGCCGAGGCGACCCUGUAUUUCUAAUGUCUACUGCAUUUCCUUUGAGGGAAAGAGAACACACAUUGUUCAUGGAGAUUGAAUGCUUUCAGGUGUGCACGGCCGUCAUCGCCGAGAAGCCAAGGACUUGCCUUUGGCUUUGCUCCUGGCCCAUGGCCCCUGCAUAGCAGCUGUGCCUCCUUACUAUGGCUCCCUCUGCAGCUCUUUUGCACAGUUUCCUGUCCUUCCUCGGAGCUCAAGUCCCUGGCUCUGGGGGCCCUGGGAGCCUGGGUUCAGCAGCUUCUUUUCCAGAUCCCACUCAGAUGCCUCCGUGGCCCCUGUCCACAUCCUGAUUCUACCCUGGAGAGUACAGUGCAAUAUUUCCCUUUGAUUAUUUAUUCUUCUUGAUCAUGGUAUUAAUUUGAUUAUAUGCUAAUGGUACUAAUAUCAGUACUUCUUUUCAGAAGAAAAAAAUGGGAAGAUUUAGAUGACCAAAUAUCACAUGCACGCAGGCACAUGAAGUUACAGACGUUUUGACUAGAAGGGUGAAAGGUCAUACAAAAAAACUCCCUUUUUGUAGAUAAGGAGACUGAGGCUCCCCCUGCAAUUGGUACUACAGAUUUCUACUAAUAACCCAGCUUGCUACCAUAGGCUGUGCCAGGAUACCGCGCAGAGCUAGAGUGCUCCUCCACCCAAGUCCUCAGCACCUCGCCCUGGCUGUAACAGUAUCUGUAAUGUUCCAGAUAUUUCUGUUUGGGUGUCAAAGGCAAUGCAGAAGACUUGUCAAUUGUGACUCUGAAGGUCAGUGUAGGGGGAGCACUCCAGGCGUCUCUUCCCUGACCUGGCCCAGAAUCCUUUUCCCCAAGGCCAAGAGCAGAGAAGGAGUUUGCAGCGGGAGACUCUCUUCGCCUCUGUGACUGUGCACUGGACUUCCUCCCACCUUGUUAGGAGAGACAUGCUGGUUGCCCCACAACCAAGGAAGCAAAAACCUCUGUCAUCGGUGCAGCGUGUCACUCAAGAACCAGUGUGCCUAUUCCAGAAGUGCAUGGAAAUGGGUGUUCUUUACCCCCACCCCGGAGCACCUAAGUGGGAUCAUGGAAACAACAUGGACUUUGGAAUCAAACCCAUUUGGUCCCAGUUCCCAGCCAAGUCACUUAUUCACUCUGCAAGCUCCAAAAAGCGUUUGGUUUUCUGAGUUUUCCUUUUCUCGCUUUUCCUUCAAAAUGGGGAUAGUGCCUUUCACACAGGUUAUUGUGGGGCUCAGGGGAGAGGGGCUGUGUGAAGGAGGGGGUACUGGUGCGAUGGUCUUUCUUCCUCUUAAACAUGAGUAGGAUCUGGAACUCUCCAAGAGCGUUAUUGAUACUCUUGACCUUUCACAAGGUGACUCGGGAUGUGAGCGCGUGUUGGUUCUGUACACACAGCCCUCCUCCCAAAGCUGCCUUCUUCUCCACAGUUAGUUAUGACCAGAGAGGACGUGAGGAAGAAUGGAAGAGGGUUUCAAGUGGAAAGAAUCAAGCUGUGCAGAGAAGGGAGGAGGCAGCAGAAAGGCCUCCCAUGGAGCCUGGAACAGCUUCAGACAAGUCACCCAGCAUACUGCCCAGAAGGGAGUGGUCGGCCUCAUCCUAUCUUUUAGUCUGCCAUUAAAGUUCAAAGAUGUAAACUGGGUCAUUAAAAAAACAUAAGACUCCAGCCUGUCUUUCCAGAGCAGAAGCAGGGAAUUUCCGGUCUGGUCUUUGAGUAGGGGUGAGGGAAACGUGACCCACCAAAAUUCAGGUACUCUCUCUUUUGUGAUAGAACAUACAUUUUCCAUGCGAGUCCCCUUCCAUGUUGAUGAGAAUAGCAGUUCUCAACUCUUCAAACAGGCUCCCAGGGUGUUGCAGAUACUGGCUUGCAGAGGACAUUGGACGGAUUGUUACCUUGGGAAGCUCCAUGGGGUAGGCAGAAGUCACAUUUGACAGGAAGUCAUAAAUAAUGUCUGUCCUGGGGUCAGAGAGGAAGAAAGCAAAGAAACACCUAAUGACUACAUUAAAUCCAGAAGAGAUGAGCAGCAGGGAGAAGAGGGAAAGGACUGGUCUUCAUUUUCCCAGAGAUCUUAGCAAGACAUUGAAAUCAGCUGCCAAAUUGCCACAACCUUCUGUGCAUACUGGUUCAUGGUUUGUGUUGUGAUCGUUUAUUACCUUCCCUCCCUGUCUGUCCUGGUGACUUGUCGUGCUCAGAGAUUCUUUGCUUAAAGCAUUGUUGCCUUCAGCCCGGAUGAAGUUCCUCUUGGAGGACAGACCCACUGCUGGCCCCUCAGGACGUAGCAUUUGAAGGUGUUUAGCGGAAACAGCCCAGAAUACAAAGGCAGUUCCCUCUGUGUGCUGCACGAUGCAAGGUCAGGGUGAAAAAUGUAAGCCUCAAUCAGGCUGCUGGACCACGGGUUGCCCGCCUUCUCUACCUUCACCCCGUGGCUCCAUCUGCUCCUGCCAGGGGUGCCCCUUAUAAACCGCAGCUACACUGCAAGUCCAAAGAUGGAGCAAGGUGCCGAGUGGGAUAGGAGGUGACCCACCUUGGUUAACUCCAAUCUGAAGGAGUCUCUCCCCUCUAGUUGGCCUCUAGGUCAUGGGACGAUGUCUUAUUUUAACAUUAAAUUGAAAAUGACCUACAGUUCAGGGCACAAAUCUUGGGAGUGUGGACGGAUAGAUUUUGAGAUAGCUAGACACCUCGUCAUCACCUCUCAGAUUCAGACACGACUUCCAACCUCCCAGAAGGUACCCAUGGCGUCAUUUUGUGAAGGGUAUUUAGAAGGUCCUCUGAGCUUAUGCCUUCCUUCCUCGCCCUUCUCAGGUAUAACAGAAAGGGGAGAAAACUCCCACCAUCAACACAAAGUAAGACGAUAGAGAUGAUGUACUUUUUAACAAGUCAAUUUGUAGGUGCUCCCUAGGCCUCAGUUUCCUCAUCUGUACAAUAAACCAAUAUUCACAGA